UCCACAACCAAAACUUACCACCACAGUUCACACCCAUGUUAUCUGAUUCUGAGCUCACUAUGCAACAGUUGUGUGCAGCGAUGCAGUUGAACAGGUUCUUGUUCCAAGGAAUAGAAAGAAGAAGGUGGUUUGAUCACAUCACAAUAGUUUGAUCACAGAACACUAGUACAUUUAUCAGACUGCAGUGCCUCAAUAGGACCGAUUCAAUCAGGGAUGAAGGUGACUCAACUAGGCUGUCUUUGUGUGAUUCUUCUAUAUCUCCUACACACAGCAGGCUCUGAGAGUUUUGAGGUUCUUGGUCCAACUGAUCCCAUUGUUGCUGUAGCUGGUGAUGACAUCAUUCUUCCCUGUUACCUCAAACCCAACAUCAGUGCUGAGGACAUGACAGUGGACUGGCUUAACCUGGACUUCAUAGACGAUCGUGUGUUUCGUUACCAAAACCACAGAAAUAUACAAGAUGAUCAGAUUCCCUCCUAUAGAGGAAGAACUUCACUGUUUAAAGAGGAACUGUGGAGGGGAAACACCUCUUUGAAACUGACCAGGGUACAAGGCACUGAUGAGGGACAUUACAAAUGCUUAAUUCAGUCAAAGAGCUGGUAUGAUGAUUUCACUGUUCAAGUCCUCGUUGAAGCUGUAGGAUCCAAGCCAGUGGUGUCCAUUGAGGGACACAGAGAGGGAGGGAUGGGUCUGCUGUGUGAAUCAGAAGGCUGGCACCCUGAGCCUGAGCUGGUGUGGCUGGACAGUAAAGGAGUCCAUCUCUCUGCUGGUCUUCCUGAGACACACAGAGACUUCAAGGGAUUCUACACAGUCAAACGACAUGUCAUUGUCCAGGAGACUGACACCAACCGCUUUACCUGCAGAGUCCAACAGAGCCGGAUCAAUGAGAAGAUGGAGACAGAGAUUCACCUCCCUAGUGAGUUAUUUGAUACAACCCCAUGGAAAAUAUCCUCUAUUGUGUCAUACUGUCUGGGAGCCAUCAUUGGGAUUUGUUUAUCUCUGACUAUCUGUUGGAUAUCUUAUAAGAAAGGUGUGAUAAUAGAUCAACUCAAACUGCAGCGGGAUGACUUGACAAAGGAGAGGGAUGACUUGACAAAGGAGAGGGAUGACCUCAAGAAGGACAAGGAUGACCUCAAGAAGGACAAGGAUGACCUCAAGAAGGAGAAGGAUGACCUCAAGAAGGUGAGAGAUGACCUCACUAGCAAGCUAAGUAAGUAGUGUCUUCAGAUCAUC